CCGCGCACUGCCUGCGCUUCCUUCUGGGCUGCUGAGUCGCCAGCAGCUGCUUCCCGGCUGGGUCUACGAGGCCCGCCGAGCGCCCGCAGCAGCCUCCUUCCGCCGGUUCCCGGGAGUGUGAGCUCGUGGCCGCCUCGCUCUCGUCUGCUUUCGGCCCUCCGUCUCAUCUGGAUGAACUUGGGUCCUUUCUCUUCUCCGCCAUGGAAUUCUCCUUCGUCCUUUUAGCUCUGCAGAACCAAAGAAACUCCCAACCACAGACAUCCCUACGCAGCAGUGUAUAGCAUUAACUCUCCGGCUCAGUUUCUGUGCCGUAGUUUACAGUAUUUAAUUUUAUAUGAUAUAUAUUAUUUAUUAUUAGCAUUUUGGAUACCUCAUAUUCUGUUUACACACCUUGAAAGUCCCACCCCCCCCCCCACCAACCCUUCCCCCCAGUAAUUCCUGUCGUUCAUUAAGAAACCACUCAACUCCUGGAAGAAUGGCAGCUACCCCGGCCACGCUGAUCGCCACUACGCUGGCUGCUACUGUCGCGGCUCCUCCCAAAGACUAUCUUUGGAUGCUCAUCCUAGGCUUCAUCAUUGCGUUUGUCCUGGCAUUCUCCGUGGGAGCCAAUGAUGUAGCCAAUUCGUUCGGCACCGCCGUAGGUUCCGGUGUAGUGACCCUGAGGCAAGCCUGUAUCUUAGCUAGCAUCUUUGAAACCGUGGGCUCCGUCCUGCUUGGGGCCAAAGUGAGCGAGACCAUCCGCAAGGGCUUGAUUGACGUGAACAUGUACGGAAACUCGACGCACUUGCUGAUGGCAGGCUCGGUCAGUGCUAUGUUUGGUUCUGCUGUGUGGCAACUAGUGGCUUCGUUCUUGAAGCUCCCCAUAUCGGGGACCCAUUGCAUUGUCGGGGCGACCAUUGGUUUCUCGCUUGUGGCGAAGGGGCAGGAAGGUGUCAGGUGGUCUGAGCUGAUCAAAAUUGUGAUGUCUUGGUUCGUCUCUCCACUGCUUUCUGGUAUUAUGUCUGGAAUUUUGUUCUUCCUUGUUCGUGCAUUCAUCCUCCGGAAGGCAGAUCCAGUUCCUAAUGGUUUGCGAGCUUUGCCCGUGUUCUAUGCCUGUACAAUUGGAAUAAACCUCUUCUCCAUCAUGUAUAGUGGAGCACCGUUGCUGGGCUUUGACACACUUCCUCUGUGGGGUACCAUUCUCAUCUCGGUGGGAUGUGCCGUUUUCUGUGCCCUUAUCGUCUGGUUCUUUGUAUGUCCCAGGAUGAAGAGAAAAAUUGAACGAGAAAUAAAGUCUAGUCCUUCUGAAAGCCCAUUAAUGGAAAAAAAGUGUAGCUUGAAAGAAGACCACGAAGAAACCAAGUUGCCUGCUGGUGAUGCCGAGAACAGGAGUCCCGCCUCCGACACUGGCUCUGCCGCCGUGCCCUCGCGGGCCGUGGUGGAGGAGAGGACAGUCUCAUUCAAGCUCGGGGACCUGGAAGAGGCUCCAGAGUGGGAGCGGCUUCCCAGUGUGGACCUGAAGGAGACCAGCCUGGACAGCACCAUGAAUGGUGCAGUGCAGUUGCCUAAUGGGAACCUUGUUCAGUUCAGUCAAGCUGUCAGCAAUCAGAUCAAUUCCAGUGGCCACUACCAGUAUCACACCGUGCACAAGGAUUCUGGCUUGUAUAAAGAGCUUCUUCACAAGUUACAUCUGGCCAAGGUGGGGGAUUGCAUGGGAGACUCCGGUGACAAGCCCCUGCGGCGCAAUAACAGCUACACCUCCUACACCAUGGCCAUCUGUGGCAUGCCCCUUGAUUCAUUCCGUGCCAAAGAAGGUGAGCAGAAAGGUGAAGAAAUGGAGAAACUGACAUGGCCCAGCACAGACAGCAAGAAGCGCAUUCGAAUGGACAGUUACACCAGUUACUGCAAUGCCGUGUCUGAGCUUCACUCGGCGUCUGAGAUGGACAUGAGCGUCAAGGCGGAGAUGGGUCUGGGUGACCGGAAAGGAAGCAGCGGCUCUCUAGAAGAAUGGUGUGACCAGGAUAAACCUGAAGUCUCCCUCCUCUUCCAGUUCCUGCAGAUCCUUACUGCCUGCUUUGGGUCGUUCGCCCAUGGUGGCAAUGACGUCAGCAAUGCCAUUGGGCCUCUGGUGGCUUUAUUUCUGAUUUACCAAAAUGGAGCUGUGUCUUCCAAAGAGGCAGUCCCAAUAUGGCUUCUGCUCUAUGGUGGUGUUGGUAUCUGUAUUGGUCUGUGGGUUUGGGGAAGGAGAGUUAUCCAGACGAUGGGGAAGGAUCUGACACCGAUAACUCCCUCCAGUGGCUUCAGUAUCGAAUUGGCAUCUGCCCUCACUGUGGUAAUCGCAUCAAACAUUGGCCUUCCCAUCAGUACAACUCAUUGUAAAGUGGGCUCUGUUGUGUCGGUCGGCUGGCUUCGUUCCAAGAAGGCUGUUGACUGGCGACUCUUUCGCAACAUUUUUAUGGCUUGGUUUGUCACAGUCCCCAUCUCUGGUGUCAUCAGCGCUGCUGUCAUGGCAGUCUUCAAAUACGGCAUCCUCAAGAGUGUGUGAAGCUGCUUGAGAUUUCUGUCGAUAUUUGGGACCACCUUGCGCAUUCCUGCUUGCCUGAAGGAGGAUGACAGUGUUACCCAGGACCGAGUCUUUUUCAAGCGGGGGGAGCUGUGGGAGGAAGUGUUAUUUACGCUAUAAUUGCUUUUGUGCUAAAUAUGACUUAUCUCAAAAUUAGCUGUGUAAAAUAGCCAGGUUUCCACCGGUUCCCACUGAGGCCCCUCUUUUCCUUCUGGGCUGUGAGUUCCUGUACAUAUUUCUCUACUUUUUGUAUCAGGCUUCAAUCCCAUUAUGUUGUAAUUGUUGCCUAUGAAGAUGACUUGUGAUGAUUAUUUUUUUAAAUAACCAUGCAGAGCCAUUUGACAGAGUGUACUCUGCUUUGUUGAAUUCACCAGCUUCUGCCCUCACAUGCACAGGGAUUUAACAACCACCACCACCACCA